CUUGCCAUAUCAUUUGCCAAACUGCUUUGUUUCUUCCGCAAUUUUUAGCUGGUGCCGAAUACGGAUUUGGUCAAAGGUCCUCAGCCCAUGGAAGUAGCUCAAGUGGAGCCGGCGAGUACAGUUGAUAAUCAGCCAGUGGAGGAGCCUCCAACAAUGAAAUUCACUUGGACAAUUGAGAGCUUUUCUAGGUUGCACACCAAAAAGCACUACUCUGACAUGUUCAUCGUCGGUGGUUGUAAAUGGCGGAUACUGAUUUUUCCUAAAGGAAACAAUGUGGACCACUUGUCAAUGUAUUUGGAUGUAGCGGAUUCGCAGGCGUUGCCUUAUGGUUGGAGUAGAUAUGUGCAGUUCAGCUUGGCUAUAGUUAAUCAGAUUCACAACAAGUACUCAAUUAGAAAGGAAACAAAAGAAGGAUAUUCUCAACCCACUUCUCUCUUCCUCUUCCCCUCCCUAAGACUUUGGCCUGCUGACAGCACUACUGCCUGGCUAUCUGACAAUGGUGGCAAUCCUAUGCAGGAAGCUGAAGGGAAAGGACUGCCCUGUUUCUGGCUGAAUGCAAUGAAGAACAAUGACAUGCUAUCUGAGGAGCCCCACGAAAUGUUCCUCACUGUUACUUAUCUCAUAUCUGAGAAGGUGGGGGAUUAUUUGGUCAUUUUGGAGCUGUUGGGUUGCUUGGUUUUGUGCUCAUGCUUUGCUUUUGGAUACUUUGGUUUUGUUGUUCAUGAGUUCAAGGGUAGCAGCUCCAGUGUUGGUGCACAAAGAGUUAAAAAUGGCUGCAUUGCUUUCUACAACUUCCGUGAGGAACAAAACAUUGAAGGAUUGUGCAAUGAGUCGAUUGAUGCCCAGAAAGUGUUUGGUUAUGCUCUUACAAAGAUGGGAAGGAUACAACACUGUCUUAUCCCUUAG